AUGGAGGAAACUCAAGAAGCACACAAUCACUUAAUAGACCAAGUAAAUACAUUGCAAGUGACCAUAUCCACAAUGGAGAACAAGCUCAUGGAUAUUGAAGAUAGGGCGAGGAGAAAUAACUUACGAUUGUGGGGCAUACCGGAAACGGUGGCCCCCGCGGACCUCCAGGCCUAUCUGCACGAAUUCUUCCAUGUGCUCUCACCGGAUACGCCAUCGGCUAUGCUACUCCUGGACAGGGCACACAGGAUACCCAAACCUCAACACCUACCACCCUCUGUCCCCAGGGAUGUAAUCUUGUGCGCUCAUUACCACCAUAUUAAAGAAAUCAUACUGAAACAGAGCAGAAACAAUAAGAACAUCCCCAGCAAAUAUACUGACAUAAAGAUAUUCCCGGACUUGUCAGCCGCAACGCUGAGAAGGAGGAAAACCUUCCAACCCAUCACCACCAUCCUCAGGCAGCACCAAAUAGCCUACCGAUGGGGUUACCCCCUCAAGCUUCUCAUCUCCAAAGAAGGCGCGACGAAGGUACUCAACUCACCGGAAGAUGGAGAAAAGCUCCUCCGAGAAUGGAAUCUACCCACACCGAGCAAACCGACAAGAGAAACUGCCGCGCUGCACCGAGAAUGGCGAAAAGCAUAG